CAUCAAUAUUUCACUGGCGUCAAUAAGAGGCAGCAGCAGGGCCAGCCGCUGCGGCAGCACUCUCGCCAGCUCCGACAGCACAUCACGGGGAGAGCCAAGCUCCUGUUCCUGCACACCACCAUGGAUGUUUUCAAAAAGGGCUUCUCCAUUGCCAAGGAGGGCGUGGUGGGUGCUGUGGAGAAGACCAAGCAGGGGGUGACAGAAGCGGCCGAGAAGACCAAGGAGGGCGUCAUGUAUGUGGGAGCCAAGACCAAGGAGGGUGUUGUACAGAGUGUGACCUCAGUGGCCGAGAAGACCAAGGAGCAGGCCAGUGCCGUGAGCGAGGCUGUGGUCACCAGCGUCAAUACAGUGGCCACCAAGACAGUGGAGGAGGCAGAGAACAUCGCAGUCUCCUCUGGAGUGUUGCAAAAGGAGGACCUGGAGAAACCUGCGCCCGCACAGGGGGACGAGGCGGCCAAAGAGGAGGAGGAAGUGGCUGAGAAGGACAAGAGUGGGGGAAACUAGACAGCUGCAAGCCGGCCACAGAGGUCCUGAGGAGCACCCCUCUGCCUCGGAUCCUGCCCUCCCUUGCAGGAGGAGCACUGGCCCAGGAAUGUGAGCUUCAGGAUUGCCGCACUCCCAGGGCCUGCACCUGACCAUCCACAGGCCUGUCCUCCUGAGCUGUCACCGCCGCCUUCUCCUCCCUCCACCCCCACCCUGGCCCUGGCACCCACAGAUGCUGCUGUGAAUUUUUGUUUUAAUGACCCCAAAUAAAACUCAAGUCCCCA